AUGCCGCCCUGGCACGCCGUGCGGGAAGACCUCUCGCUCCUCCACAGCUCCACCACAUCCUCGGAGCUGCAAUACACGGGCGCGUCCGAACACAGCUCGCUCUUGCACCGCAUCUUUUCCCCCGACGCCGACGAUGCCGAGUCCAUCCCGACAGACGAGCAAGAGGCAAAGGCGAUCCAGGCCAUUCCGCAGAUCGACCUGUCGCUCCGCCUCUCGACCCAGCCACAGUGCUGGAUGAACGUCUUUGUCCCCCUCUCGCCGACAUCGGAACGCACAGCUUCCUCCUCGGACCCACGCGACGACGCUGAGGAUAAGGCAUGGUCCGUCGAGGUCUCGGCGCCCAAUUCUGACAGGCACAGGCUCCAGGAGUUGCAGGAUGGGGUGCGGCAAAGGCACAAAGAGGUGGUAGAUGAGAUCGAGUCCCAGGGAGGUCUCGGCGUGGGGAUAUGGACCCUCUGGAUGGAUGCAAAGGACCUCGCUACAAACACUCUCGCGGCAGACGGCCAUCAGACGGAGCCUCAAGCGACAGCGGCCAGCGGUGAGGCAACAGCCACAGCAACGGCCGGCGACAGCGGCGAUGGCGACGCACAACAAGACGGUCAAAACGGCAUAGAGAUGAAGAGGUCCAUCUUCUGGUCCCACCACCUGAUAGCCCCUUCGAAGCGCAAGGAUUUCACAUCCCUCUGCUCCGAGCUCGACGUCUGGGGCCUCGUCAAGAUCGGAUACCCGGGCUACCUCAUCUUUGAAGGUCCGAUAGAGGGUGUCGAGGAGAUGGAACGACGCGUAAAGGGCAUGCAAUGGCACGCUCUAACACUACGAUCAACACACACCUUCCUCUUCCCCUCCCCCUCCCCCUCCCUUCCUGGCGCUUCAGAUGGGACACGAGGCGAGGUGAGACGGGAAGCGAUCCGCACCUCGCCACUCUCGCGCGGCCACGCCGCCAACCACAAUGCGGGCAAGGACGCGCAGGAAAAGGUACGGACGGGGUACGAGGAGGUCGAGAGCGUCGGCGAAAUCGUACAGAGACUGAGGUGCAUCGACAUGGACGAGGCUGAAAUCGUCCAGAGCCUCGGCAUCCGCACGGCCAAGGGAUCAGGGCUGGCCUGA